AUUAAAAGAAUUUUAGAGCAAUGAAUACUUUGAUUAUUUCCAUUGGCUUGUUGGCCCUUAUGGGAUUCACUUUGGCCGACUAUUGUUCGCCUUCGCUGUGUAACGGUGCCCAACAUAUAGCCUGUGGCCACAGUGGGAGAUUUGAUUCCUCAUGUCCUUCCAAUGCCGCCUCAGUGAACAUGAGUCCCUCUUUGCGGGAUUACAUUAUAAACUAUCACAAUGAGAAACGUAAUCUGGUAGCAGGUGGUGGUGCUCCCAAUCUUCAGCCUGCUUGUCGAAUGGCUACAAUGCAAUGGGACGAAGAAUUGGCCUAUCUGGCUGCCCUCAAUGUGCGCCAAUGCAAGAUGGCCCAUGACAAAUGUCGCAAUACUGCCACUUUUAAAUACUCGGGUCAAAAUUUGGCCUGGAGAUCGUAUUCUGGUAGCCCCAAUUAUCAGGAAUUGGCAAAAAUAGGCAUGGACAUGUGGUAUGAUGAAGUGGCACACAUGAACAUGGACUACAUCAAUGCCUACCCCCAGGGCUACUCAGGACCAGCCAUUGGCCAUUUCACUGUAAUGAUGAAUGGGCCCAACAUACGCCUGGGUUGUGCUGCAGCCACUUAUGCCGAUACUGGUCGCGAUAGACAAAUUUUCUUGAUAGCCUGCAACUAUGCCAGAGUCAAUGUGGCAACUCUGCCCGUUUAUGCCAGCUGCAGUUCGGGAGGUAGCGAAUGCACCACUGGACGUAAUCCUAAGUAUACCAAUUUGUGUUCCACCUCGGAAGCUUAUGAUGUCAAUAAUUUGUUUGUAUAG